UUUUCAUUUCAUUGCUCUUCACUGCAAAACCAACCUCAACUCUCGCCCUCUAUUCUUCCUCCAGAUCCCAACCUUCGCCAUUCACAUUUUCCCUUCUCCCCAUACACCCCCUCACAUCCAUCCCCCCACACUAACCCACCCAACUACAACUCCAUUACACCAAACUCCUCUCUUCAAACACCACUUUCCCACCCCCGAUCUCCCUCACUAUAAACCAAUGUCCCCUCACUAAUCCCCCUCCCAAAAUCAAUGGAUUCCCCACCUUCCCAACAAACGUGGGGAAGGUCACCAACCCUCUCCUCCCACAUCAACCGAACCACCUCUUCUCUUUCCUCAACUCCUUCCCCAUCUUUCUCCAAAGACGCUAUUCAAAGCCUCUCUUCCAUCCUCAACAACCCUCUCUCAUCAACCACAAUCUACCCUCCCGAAUUCACCCCAAUUUCUUCCACCAAAGCAACCUCCGAAGUCACCCGAUCCGAUUUCCUCAACUACAUAACAACCGUCUCCGAUCCCUUCCACCGCUUCGACGACAUCCGUAAACACGCCAACAAAGAGAUCUCCGUCCCAACCGACGUCGAUGGCGCCGGCGAAGCGCUCGUAGCUUGUCUCCGUGAGGUUCCGUCGCUUUACUUUAAAGAAGAUUUUCGAUUGGAAGAAGGAGCCACGUUUCGCGCUGCGUGUCCGUUCUCGACGUUCUCCGAGAACGCUUUGUUGCAGGAGAAGUUAUCGCAGUAUCUUGAUGUGGUGGAGCUUCAUCUUGUUAAGGAGAUCUCGCUUCGGUCUUCUUCGUUCUUUGAAGCGCAGGGGCAGUUACAGGAUCUUAAUGGCAAGAUCGUUGAAGGAUGUGCGCGGAUUCUUGAACUCAAGGAUACUGUUCGUCUUAUUGAUUCCGAUUUGGUUGAGUCUGCUAGGCAGAUUCAGCAGCUCAAUGGCACCAGGACGAAUCUGUUGGCGCUUCAGCAGAAACUCAGACUCAUAUUCUACGUCAAUCAAGCACUCUCAGCUCUCAAAUUGCUUGUUGCAUCUGCAGAUUGUGCUGGAGCACUGGAUGUAACUGACGAUUUGCAACAUUUACUGGAUGGAGAUGAGCUCACUGGCUUGCACUGCUUUCGUCAUCUUAGAGAUCAUGUGACAGGUUUUAUAGAAUCAAUAAACAGCAUUCUCUCAGCAGAGUUUAUUCGAGCUUCUUUACACGAUGCUGCAGAAUCAGAUGGGAUAAUUUUGUCUAAAGCUAAGGCAAGAGCUUCCCUUCCCAUGAAUGGCAAAGAUGAUGAAGUAAAGUUAGAAGAAGAAACAACUAAUUUCAAAGACAGUCUUCUCCCUACUGUAAUUGGCUUGCUUAGAACAGCUAAGCUUCCCUCUAUUCUGAGGAUCUAUCGAGAUACACUGACUGCUGAUAUGAAGAGUGCUAUUAAAACUGCUGUUGCUGAGUUGCUUCCAGUUCUUGCUAUCCGAGGUUCAGAAUCAGAGUUCUUUUCUGGAGACAGAGCUGUAGAGGCAGAUGGUGGUGGUGCUUCGCUUGCUAGCAAGUUAAGGAGUCUGUCAUCUGAUUGCUUUGUCCAUCUCUUGAGUGCUAUUUUCAUGAUAGUACAGGCACAUUUAGUACAGGCUGCUGAAGUGAAAAAAGCCAUUGAAUGGAUUUUGAGCAACUGUGAUGGUCAUUAUGCAUCUGAUUCAGUUGCCGCAGCAAUUGCUCAUGGUGCUGCAGCUGCAGAAAUAUCCCAAGAAAGUGAGGUUCAAGGUACUACAUUUUUUCCGUAUUCACCGCAAAGAAAUGUUGCCAAGGGUCCCUCUUUUCAGGGAAAAGCAAUUGAUGCUGUGAGCUCCUCAAACAUGUCAAAAAAUUUCAGAGCUGAUGUAUUGCGAGAAAACGCAGAAGCUGUCUUUGCAGCAUGUGAUGCUGCUCAUGGAAGAUGGGCAAAGCUUCUGGGGGUCCGUGCUGUUCUCCAUCCUAGAUUGAAACUGCAGGAGUUUCUAACUAUUUACAACAUCACCCAUGAGUUCAUUACAGCUACUGAAAAAAUUGGCGGGAGAUUGGGAUACAGCAUCCGUGGGACACUGCAGUCGCAGGCCAAGGCUUUUAUUGAUUUUCAGCAUGAUUCUCGGAUGUCAAAAAUUAAGGCAGUGCUUGACCAAGAGACUUGGGUGGAGAUAGACGUUCCUGAUGAAUUUCAAUCCAUUAUCAAUAUGCUUUUUUCAUCGGAUGCAUUGUCUUCAGAGAACCUUAAUGGUGUUGAAGAGGAUAAUUCAGUCGGUUACCAUGACAUGCCGACUAACAAUGAUGCUCGGCCAAUGGCAGACACUGGACUGUCAAGUGCUGAACAGCAUGUUGAGCAGGCUGAUUCCACGGAAGAAUCUAAGAAACCACAUAAAGGUCAUAGCAAACUGGUAGGGAGUAUCAGCACUGAGAAAGAUCAUAAAAAAUCUGCAUCUCAGGCUCUUUUCUACAAAGGUGUUGGUUAUCACAUGGUAAACUGUGGCUUGAUAUUGCUGAAGAUGUUGUCAGAAUACAUUGAUAUGAACAACCUUUUGCCAACAUUAUCUUCAGAAGUUGUUCACCGGGUGGCAGAAAUCUUGAAGUUUUUCAACACAAGAACAUGCCAACUUGUGCUAGGGGCUGGUGCAAUGCAGGUGUCUGGUUUGAAGUCCAUCACCUCUAAACACCUGGCGCUGGCAAGUCAAGUCAUUAGUUUUAUACAUGCUAUUAUUCCUGAAAUUCGGCAGAUUCUUUUUCUGAAAGUACCAGAGACUAGAAAAUCGCUACUGCUUUCAGAGAUUGAUCGAGUCGCGCAGGAUUAUAAAGUCCAUAGAGAUGAAAUACAUACUAAAUUGGUUCAGAUAAUGCGAGAAAGACUAUUAGUCCACUUGCGUGGGUUGCCCCAAAUUGUUGAGAGUUGGAAUAGACCUGAGGAUGCUGAUCCCCAGCCUAGUCAAUUCGCUCGGUCCCUUACAAAGGAAGUUGGAUACCUCCAGCGUGUUCUAUCUCGAACCUUGAAUGAAGAUGAUGUUCAGGCAAUUUUCAGGCAAGUGGUCGUUAUCUUUCAUUCACAAAUUUCAGAAGCAUUUUCAAGAUUUGAUAUAAGCACUCCACAAGCACAGAAUAGGUUAUAUCGGGACAUCAAACAUAUUCUCCAAUGCAUACGGUCAUUGCCAUCGGGUGAUUUAAGUAAAUCUGAUACCCCUAACUGGGGUCAGCUGGAUGAAUUCUUGGUGCAAAGAUUUGGGAAUGAUGCUGUUCAGUAAACUGUAUUGUAAAGUAACAACUCAUUGCUUAUGUGGGAAGGCUAACCUACUUUAGAGGAUGUGGGGGUGAUUUAAACCUUCUUCACUCUGCAUUUUUUUGUAACACUAAGUUGAGGUCUUUGUUUGGUCUAUGGUAGAUAUACAAGGUAAUGUAAUCAUUUAUGGGCAUUUUGUAGCUGUGAUUGGUCAUUUUGCAGAAGUUUUGUAGCGGUCACUGUUGAUAUUCAAUUCUUGGUUGCUGUCUCAUAAUUGUAAUGUUUAGCUGAAAAUAGAUAUGAAUUAGUAGAUGAGUGGAUUUUUUUCCUCUUAUUCUCCUCUCCAUUACAGCCAUGAAUAUUAUUAAUGCAUCAAUAUGUACAUGAUUCGAGAUAUCUAGUAAGAUUAUAAACUAUAUGCUCUUAGAAGGUA